GAAGGCCAUUUUCCACGUCAACAGGUGAUUCCAAUGCCUGACUGGACUGGUCUUUGCGGAUGACCUCAGCCACUGAGGUUUCCGUCCUUCCUUCCCCACAUUUGGCUUUCCACAAAGGUAACGUCAACCGUUUGCUGCUGCCGCUCUCGUCCCUCCUCGGCAUCCGUCCCUCACUCGGUCCUCUUGCCGCCUCCCCCUGACCCAAAGUCUUCAGCAUGAGUUCUUCUCCGUUGACGGCACGAGCUAACAUGGACAUCCUGGACGAGCUGCAGCUGAUCACAGCCCAGAACCUGGAGAAGGUGGACGUCAACAAGUAUUUCGAAGUUAUCAGAGAGCUGGGUAAGGGCACCUAUGGGAAGGUGGACCUGGUCAGCCACAAGAUCAGAGGUACAAAAAUGGCACUGAAGUUCUUGAAGAAGAAGACGACCAAGCUGAAGUCGUUCCUGCGGGAGUACAGCAUCUCGCUCUACCUGUCUCCCUGCCCUUUCAUUAUCAACAUGUUUGGCAUCGCCUUUGAGACGGAUGAGUACUACAUGUUUGCACAGGAGUACGCACUGGCUGGGGACCUCUUCGACAUUAUUCCUCCACAGGUUGGUCUUCCUGAAGCAGUGGCAAAGCGUUGCGUCCACCAAGUAGCCAUUGCUUUGGAUUACCUCCACUGCAAGAAGCUGGUCCACAGGGACAUCAAGCCGGAAAACAUUCUUAUUUUUGACCGAGAGUGCCGCAAAGUCAAGCUGUCUGAUUUUGGCAUGACCCGUCGUGCCGGAUCUCCUGUGAAACGAGUCAGCGGCACCAUCCCGUACACAGCCCCGGAGCUGUGCGACGUGUCCCGCCAUGAGGGUUUCUCUGUGGAUUACAGCACAGAUGUGUGGGCCUUCGGCGUGCUGCUCUUCUGCAUGCUGACCGGCAACUUCCCAUGGGAGAAGGCGCUGGCCUCCGACUCUUUCUACCAGGAGUUCAUCCGCUGGCAGAGGAGGAGGACGAACACGGUGCCUUCCCAGUGGAGACGCUUCACCGAGCAGGCCCUGCGCAUGUUCCGCCGCCUGCUCUCGGUCGAGCAGGAGCGCCGCUGCUCUGUCAAAGAGGUGUUCGGAUACUUCAGCCACUCGUGGAUGCUAGACGGGGAGAACAAUAACAACGGCAACAGGGGGAGCAGCGCCGGGGAAAGGGUCAGCGGUGGGGGUAAUGUGCAAGGGGAUGCGAACGACAAUAUGUCUUCAUCUUCAUCCGGGGAGGAAGACGAGGAACUUCUCGUGGAGCGGAUGAAGCAUCAGACUCUGUCACCCUUGUCCCCCCUCCAGCCAGUGUCACCGGCGGCGACAGAUCGAGGGAGCGGCGGCGUGACCAAGGGCGCCAUGAUGGAAGCGGGCGGGGGUCACCAUUUUGUGUCCGUGUCGACCAACAGCUCCAUGUCGUCAACUAACAGCUAUGAGCGGAUGCCGCGGGAGAACAGCUCGCCGGGAGGCCGCAUGCUUGUGGCCACGCCUAUCGAAAUAUGCGUCUGAGCACCUCACCGACGUUUUCUACGUGAAAUCUUGUCUCACCAGUGUGCUCUUCUUCUACCACUCGUCCAACCACAAACAGUCGAUAUGCAUGCAUGGCGAACGAGACACCGUUGUUGUUGGAAUUUUGACAAGACGAGCUCCACAAUUACACAACAGAAGACCAAAACGU